GUAUUUCAUAUUCCCACCUCAUAGUUUCCCUUCUCAUACAGCCAAAAACAAAAAUUUCCAAAAAAAAUGAACAAGCUUUCUCGUCUUUCUGAUCUUCUGAAAGGACUACCAAAUAUUAUUUCUCAAAAUGCAAAGUUUAUGGUCAUCACAACCUCCGUUUUCCUAAUCCACUACUCCAUUCCCUUCAUCUUACCCACUUCUUGUGCAAAAUUCAUGGAUUUGAGCUUCAAACUUUACACUUUAGUCUAUGCCCAUCCCCAUACUACCGAGUACAACGAACUCUUGAUUGCUAUCCGAGAAGAUAUCGACAUCUUUCUAACAAUCGAAACUUUUAAUUCCGUUUUCUACUUUUUUGUUGCCCAAAUCACCAUAAUUGUUAUUGCAUCAAGCGACUAUAGGGGUAGUACCUUGUCUCUCAAAGAAUUUAUGAUCAAGGUAUCAAGAAAAUGGACUAGACCCUUUUUCACUUCGUUCUAUGUAAAACUUCUUCCCCUGGGUUACACGAGUUUCUUCUUCUUGCCACGUUUGAUUCCAUCACUUUUACUUCUUGACCAUCCUGUCAUUCUGAUCACGAUCCUCCUUUUCCUUGCUUAUUUUUUCAUUAAAUUGAAUCUUUAUCUAUCUAUUGUUUGGAGUCUGUCUGUAGUUGUUUCUGUGUUUAAGGAUACUGAUGAGCUUUCAGCAGUAGGGAAUGCUAGAGAAGUUGCAAGCGCAAGAGGGUAGAUGGCUUCUUAUAAAUUUUUUCUUCAUUCAUGUAUUUUGGAACUAGUGUUAUUACCCAAUAACAUAAUGAAUGUAAUGGUGAAAAAACAUAAAAUGAUAAUGAGAUCUGAUUCUUAUUAUAGCAAUUAAAUAAGAAAUUAACUAUUUUGUUA